AUGGCUCAAAUUUCAGGUGUUGGCGACAAAAUGGCAUCACUAGCAGAUGAAGUGGUUCAGUUGAUCAUCCCGUCGCUUGUCGAACAAAUCGAGUCGCCAAUAGAGGGACUCCAGACAAAUGCGCUUGAUGUGCUUAAUGAUGUUUUAGUACACGCUGGCACCUUUGUAUCUUCACAUGCUCCAUUAGAACAGGCGGUUGCGGAUAUCCUGUUGUCCAAACUUUCAUCUGGUCGUGCAUCGCUUGUGCGCCGGGGUAUUCAAGGCCUGAGCUUCUUGUCUCAGGUGUGUAGAAUACACACUUAUGAUGCUAUUUUGGAACGUGGUUUGGCAGGGCUACAACCACCUUUCUUGUCUGAGGCAGUUGCCGUACAGUUGCUGGGUGUGUUGGCUAGGGAGACCCCCCAGCGUCUUCGCCCGCACAAGACCAAAUAUACACAUGGCUUGAUCUCGGCACUUGAGCGAGCAAACCAAAAAGAAGAGGCGGAUGAAUUUCGGGAGUCCUGCCUGGUUUCACUUCAGUCACUUGCACGCAUGGCAGGCGCUGAGCCAGAAUGCAUGAAGGGCGCCUUGGAAACAGCUCUGAGCAUGCUUCAGUACGACCCUAAUGCUAUGGAUGCCAUGGAUGAGGAUGACAUCGGCGAUGACUUGGAACUUGAUGAUGACGACAUGUUGGACACUUUCUCAGACGACGAUGAUCUCUCGUGGCGGGUGCGCCGCGCUGCGAGCCGCUUGCUCGGGACAUUAUUUGAAGAAAACCCUCAAGAAAUGGUGCCAUCAGCGUCUCGUGUAACUGCUGCAUUAGUAGAAAGACUUAAAGAGCGCGAAGAGACGGUGCGCUUGGAGGCUUUGGGAGCUUUGAAAAGCGUACUGAUAGCUGCCCCUGAAGCCUUCCGAUCACACACUUCAAUUGUUGAGGCACUCUGUACGUGGCGAGGUGCAGCGGCACAAGUGGCUGCAUUGGAUGCACUCGACAAGUUCGUCUCUUCAUUCGGGAUGGCCUUGUCGCAAGGCGAAAAUGCUCUGAAUUUGGCUCUAUGUGCCGUCGAAGAUGAAACUAAAACACAUAGCAAAGGGCGUUGCAUUGCUGGUUUGGCGCUGCUUCGCCAACUCUGCGUCUGUGUACCAACCGUCGUGCUUCCUCAUGCUGUACGAGUCGCUACAGCGCUGGCUGAAUCGAGUCAGUUAUCUCACCACCACACAGCACUUGAGGGGCUCGAGGCAAGUACGCAGUUUUUGUGGCACGUGGGACCUCGAGUGCCUCAACAGGCCGAGCUUUUAUGUGAUGCUGUCUGUACACGAUUGGAACGCUCUGACACGGAUGCUUCCGUGCGUGAUGCUGCACUAGUAGCAUUGGAUGCAGCCUUAUGUUCGACGGGUGCGCAACUUACCGACCGGCUACCUCGUGCCUUGGCAUUGAUCUAUGCGCGUCUGACGCAUGAAGUGACUCGUGCUCGAUGUGUGCAAGUGGUCCAUGAUGUAAUGACGUGCAGAUCGCUGCAGACAUGCGCUCCUACUAAAGAUUUUGCACGUCAAUGUCUGGCCCCUCUGUCAGAUCUUGCCCGUCAAAGAGACACUGCUACAUCUUCACUCCGUGCCCUGCACAGUGUUGCUGUGCUGCUACAAAAUGAAGCCCAGCCCACGUUACUUAAUAUUCUGAGCCGAGAAUUGCCUGCUGUGAAUUCCCCGAUGUUGCCACCCACGCUUGAAUUGGCAGAACUUGCUGUACAGUGUGAUCCCAGUGUGGCGCAUACUGUCGUUGACAACGUGCUUCCAGGCUUGUUGAAGCAGCUAAGCGAUGUUCCACCUCCUGCGUUGGAGGCUCUUCACUCACUUCUGACAUCACUUGCAUCAGCUGAGGACUCGCUCGCACCUGCCCUGGUAACUGCUCUUGAGCAUGCUUGGGAGUUGCAUUGUAGCGACCGAGCAGCACAGGUACCUCUGGUCUACGCUCAGUGCUUGGGAGCUGCCGCCGCUGCUAGUGACUCAAUCAGCACAGUCCUGGCUCGUGUUCAGGCAUUGUUGAAGGAACAAAGCACCACAGCACAGACCCUUGCACUGUACGCCCUAGGUGUGCUGGGACAAAAAGGCUUGCUUACAGGCUGGCCACAUGCGCAGCAUGUCUUUAAGACAGUCUUGAACUUGCAUUUACACGGACGUGCAUUUGCUUUGGGAGGGAUGAUAUUGAGCAAUGCUUCGUUUGCUUCGCCGGUCAUUGAAAAGCUGGCGGGGGGGGAAGCUGAUGCUGCUCGUAUCUUGUGUGAAGCACUUUCGCUCGCAUCUGAAACCCAAACCCGAGACUUGGCGCCAAUGAUGUGGCCCUAUCUGCAAAGUGCUAUUCUUGCUGAGCACGCGCCAGAUGCAUGUGCUGAAUGCAUUGCACGUAUCGUCGUGGUUGAUACGAAGCGCCUUGGCGAGUUGGCUCAGCUAGUUCAGGCACCACAAGUGCCAAUGCGAGUAAUGGGUCUGGUCGCUGUGCGUACACUUUUAUCUCUGGAUCGCCAAAAUGCAGCUGAUGACGAAAUGAACAAGUACUCCGGCAAGUUCUUUGAGAGAUUGGGAGACCCUGAACUGCCAGUGCGUCGAGCGGCCAUGAUGGUUCUGCAUGCAGCAGUGAACAGCCGAACGACACUUAUGUUGAAGCAUGCGUCACUCGUCUUGCCUUUCUUGUACGAUGCAACUGUCGUCCGCGAAGACUUGAAGCGCAAGGUGCUUAUGGGUCCAUUCACAGUUAUCCAGGAUGACGGACUUGACCUACGCAAGAAUGCGCUCGAGACACUCUUUACAUUCGUUGACACGUGUAUCGAUUGCCUCCAACUGCGUGAUGUCAUGGACUGUGUGUUGCGUGCACUCAGUGAUGAUGACAGUGUGAAGCUACUCGGCUGCCUAAUGUUGAUGAGACUUGCGGACCUGGAGUACAUGGACUUGACGCCCUACCUCGAUGCAAUCACACCAAAAUUACAAGCCAUUCUCACGCGCAAAGUGCGCGACAAUGCCACGAAGCAGGAAGUCGAAAAGGCGUCGGAAAUCACACAUGCCGUCCUUCGCGUGCUGACUCGACUCGCUCCCUUGGCCCCUUUAAGCCCCUCUUUCACAGAGCUUCUCGCACAGACACGCGCCUCUCCACAUGGUGAAGCGUGGCUGCGUCUGAUGGCUGAUCGAUCGACGGAAGGGGCCCGCCCGUAA